UUUUUCCACCAGCCGUUCUAAACUUCUUCAGGAAAUUAAAAAAAUUUUUACCCUUUCAUUUUAGUGAUUUUACCCAAUAGAGUUGCGAUCCUAGUUAAGUUUUUCCUUUUCUUGAUCACUUGAAGCGAUCCGGAUUCAAGUAGACAAGAAGGGGUUGUAUCACUGGCAGAGUGCUGGAAUUUUGGUUGUGCGAUUACUGAAGGACACAGUGCACCAUGGAUUCUGCAGAUCCACUGCUGAGUUACCUUUUGGAAAUGGGUUUCCCGCAAAAGAAAGCAGAGAAAGCGUUAGCUGCCACUGGCCACGGGAGCGUGGAAACCGCCAUGGAAUGGAUUUUGUCGCAUCCCGAUGAUGAUGGCGAAGAAUCAGAAGGGAAUACGCAACCUGCAGGAGAUUCUGCUCCUACGAUGAAGCUACCUUUAACUGAAGCCGAGUUGGAAGAGCAAGCGCGCAAGCUGGAAGAGCGUCGCGUGCAGCGCCGUGCGGAAGUGGCUGAGCAAGAGCGCAAAGAUGAGAUUGAACGGGAAAAAGCCCGCCGCGUCAGCGGUCGGGAGAUCCUGGAUGCCAAAGAGAAAGCCGCCCAGGUGGAGAUGAUGCGUAUUGCUGAAGAGCGGCGUCGUGAGAAGAUGGAGGAUAAAAAGGCCAAAGAGAAGAUUAAAGCGUUGAUUGAGGAAGAUCGCCGCAACCGGGAUAAAGAGCGUGAAGUGAGUUUUUUUAUUAUUUUUUCUAUACUGUGUGCAGUAGUCGUAUUAUUGCUACAGCAACCACUGUCGGGGAAUGUCCCAUCCGUCACUCCCACGCCGUUCUCCACUCCGACCAAUUCGUCAGCCAAUCUGGAUCAGAAUGCGAAAACCCGCAUUCAGAUUCGUAUGUUUGACGGAAAACCACUGGUACAGUCCUUCGGCAUCAAUGAGCCACUGAGCGCUGUCAGACUUUACGCAGAACUCAACCGUCAGGAUGGUGAGAUUGGCCCGUUCGGCAUGAUGACCAACUUUCCAAAGAAAGAAUUUACCGAAGAUGAUAUGCAGGCACCGUUAUUCUCCCUGGGUCUCGUUCCUUCCGCCACUCUGAUUGCCACACGGAAGCCAUCAUCAUUAAAUUAUUGAUUUACGAAUUUGACAGUAUAAUUGUACGGUCUUUCCUUUCCUUUGUAAAAUCUUCGGUUAUCAUGUAUUUACAGAAUAUUACAUGGUUCAGUUUAGUUACGAUUUUUGUUUGAUUUUCGAGCACGAAUGGUCUUGAAGUUUACUUUAUUUAUGAUUUGCGAACUAAUAAUUAUUUCCACAAUUCCUGGUUUAUUUCUAAUAGCGAAAUGAGUUUGUGCCCGUUCAAAUGGUGCUGCGACAAAUAUCUGGGAUCUGAAGAGAUAAACAUUUUCCGUG